AUGUUCGCAGACUCUGUGGAGAAUAUCCUAACACGUUCCUCUGAUGGUACCACAUCGAAUUCCACAGAUGUUUUCGGCGAGAGGGGUGAAAACAGCCCCAACAAUGCAAGCAAUGGGCUGAAGCGGGAAUGCUUGAAAGCAGCACUCGAUUCUCUUGAAGGAGUGCAUCUUCUGCCGUGUCAGCUUAAAUACAGCGGCCUGGCUCCCGUAUCCAAGCUCUUUUGCCCCAAACCUCUGCGUCCAGCGGAUCAAGAAAAAAUGGUUGGCAAUGGAAGACUAGAAGUGCUGCUGCAUGGGCGCUGGCUACGCGGCCAGCAGCAGCAAUUAGCCCAAAGCCCAAUAGCCAGCAAGUCACAGCUGCGGGGUUUUGUGGUUGCGCCACAGAGUAUGAAUUGCACGUUUAGUGGAAUCAGAAGGUGCUUCGAUCCAAAGAAUACAGGAGAGGGAAAUAAAGGACGCGACUGCGUGGAGGCAGGAGAAAAUGCCACCUGCGUCACUGAGCUUCGCCCCUGCGCCGAUUUCGAUGCACUUUGCUACUGGAAUCAAGAUCGCGAGCCUAAUGCUUCAGACGAUAUUCAGCAGAGUCUCUUCUUCUUAAGGGUUGCAGCAGCGCUUCACUGCUUUGAGGAUGAGCUCGAGGAAAUUGGAGUAAUUCAGGACGAGGCAACCGAAAAGGUGAUGGAUGCAAGGGAUCAAUGA